GAGGCGGCCUCCACGCCAAAGGUGGCUACCAACAGGAAGCCGGGAGUUCGGUGCUCUUCGAGAACUGCUUGGCAGACAGCGGCGCCUUGGCAGUCGAGGAUGCAGAUGAGUGUUGUGACGGCGGGGGUGCACAUUUGUGGUGGAACUUCACACAGGGCCCCAACAGCUCCGCUAUCUUCCGCAGCUGCCGGGCGGGACAACACGGCUGCCUCCUUGCCAUGUCCGACUACCGGCAGGAAGCCGGGAGUUCGGUGCUCUUCGAGAACUGCUCGACGAAAGGCACCUUGGCAGUCGAGGAUGUAGAUGAGGGUUUUUGCGUUCGGGUUUCCUCACCACAGUAA